AAGCACAACAAAACACAACACCAUUUCGACUACAGCACAGCUUCCUCUCCUCUUCAUACAGCAGCCAUAGCCGGGCAAAACUCCCUCGCGACCACACAAGCUAUAUCUUGCAGCCCCAAAAUCCUCACAACAUGGCGCGCAAGAACCCCAACAUCAUUAUCACAGGCACACCCGGUGUAGGCAAGACGACACACGCCGAGCAGUUAGCGAGAGCGACGGGGUUCAAGCAUAUCUCUGUCAACCAGAUUGUGAAGGAUGAGGGGUUCCACGAGGGCAGGGAUGAGGAGCUUGGGAGUUGGAUUGUGGAUGAGGAUAAGCUCCUAGACUACCUCGAAGAAAGCCAAAUUUCCGAAGAAGGUGGCCGGGUCCUCGACUGGCACGCCUGCGACCUCUUUCCCGAACGCUGGAUCGAUCUCGUCGUUGUCUUGCGAUGUGAUUCUACGGUUCUGUACGACCGCCUCACCGCGAGAGGGUACAAGGAUAAGAAGCUCGACGAGAAUAUGGAUAGUGAGAUCAUGCAGGUCUUGCUUGAUGAGGCGAGGGAGUCAUACAAGGAGGAGAUUGUAGUGGAGCUGAGGAGUGAUAGUGUGGAUGAUGUUGAUGGGAAUUUGGAGAGGAUUGAGCAGUGGGUUGAGAACUGGAAGAAGGACCGCAAGGAUGAGGAGUAAGGGAUAGGAAGGGAAGAGUGAGAAGAUUCGCGGCUUUGCGCUGCUUGUAAGGUGAGUCUAUUUUUUUUUUCGCUGUGAUGGUCUCUCUAGGCGUCGGUCCUGGCGGCCAGCCACUCCUUCAGCUUUUCCAGCGCCUUGCCGCGGUGGCUGAUCUUGUUCUUU